AGCCUGGCUCAAGUUUUAAGCUCCCACUGCAUACCUUGUGAAAGGAGGUCAUGGAUCAAGGAGAGAAUGAUGAGAUGAUCCGCUUGGGUCGCCGUCAGAACUCCAAAAAUAGUAAGAGCAAAAGUAUGCGGGUGAAUGCCAAUUUCAUCCGCACAGUCAGUGUGGAGGAGAGCAAGAGCAAGAGCGCGAUGCUCAAGACAUUCAUGAACAGCUUAUUCUGGGCGAACUUCAUGGCCUUCAUUGUGGUGGUAGACGCUGUUUGCACCAGCGCGGACAUUAAUGCGCGCGCGGCCGAUAGUGGGGUGAGUGAGACCUUUGCCGUGAUCUCAGACCUUUGCCUGGCGCUUUACACCAUAGAGCUUUCAGUAUUUCUUUGUAUCUCUGACUGUCAGACUCGUCUCCACUGGACAAUGCUGAUGGAUAUAGCCAUUAUUGGAUGUGGCUGGGCGGAGAGACUGAUUCAGGUCGUUGCCGAAGACAGCAUCUCCUUCCGCAUUACAGUGCUGCGGCCCUUGCGCCUGGUGCGAAUCUUCCGCCUUCUGCGCUCCUUGAAGCGGUUGCGGCCAUUGAGGGAACUUCACAAGCUCGCCACCAUGAUGGCCACCUGCUUCCGCACCCUACUCUGGUCCUUCCUAUUAUGCUUCGUUGUGAUGACAGUAUGGGCGAUGCUUAUGGUUGAGCUCAUAUACCCAGCUUUACUGGACAUGAACCGUUUGGAAGGGACAUUUGAGGAUUGUGGAUAUUGCCAGAGAGCGAUGUCUACAGUGAUGGACGCCAACCUUUUACUCUUUCAGACCGUCAUUGCUGGAGACAGUUGGGGCAAGAUUGCCAUCCCAGUCAUUCAGAGACAUCCUGCGACCGCUAUCAUCUUCGUAGGCAGUUUGCUGACUUUGGUCUUCGGCGUGCUGAAUCUGAUUGUUGCUGUGGUGGUGGAUACAUUCGCAGACGCAAGGAUCAACGAUGUGCAGAGUUUGGCGGAAGAAAUGGAGGAGGACUUGCAGUACGACAGGCAAAUACUGGCGAACCUCUUUGCGCGAAUAGACAAGGAUGGUAGUGGAGAGCUGAGUUUGCCGGAGUUGAUGGAAGGAGCCCGUACUGACCCGCAAUUUCACAGUCGCUUGAGGGUAAUGGACAUUGA